ACUCAACUCGAACCAUUUCAUCCCUGCUUUCAACUUGUUUCGCAAGUCGAACUGUAUCAAAUGAAUAAAAUCCUCGGUGAGAGACUGAGAGUGGGACCCUCCCCCGGUCUUCGACAAGGAAAAGGGCAUGAAAGGAAAGGAAACAGACGGUUGAAUUCUUUAACCCGUCGAAUCAUCUUCCAUUGGAGCACGCAACUCUGCUCCUCCGACCAGUACAACCAAGCUCGUCUCUCCUCUCCCUUGUCAAAAAGCAAACCCCCCAUCAAAGGAAAAGGUUCAGAACCAGACAACACUACUCAUCUUCUCUCUGGACUGUCCCCUUCAACUGCCACUGUGAUUUGAGACGGACAGACCGACCAAGGGAGAGAGAUCCAACGACAGCACAAAGAUGCUGCCUUUGAAGCUCGUCCGCUCUCUGGUACUGAAGGAGUCCCUCCACGCCCCUCUCCCCCACGACCCUUCACAUUCCUCCGACGACGACAGCGACGGCGCUGCCGCCACCUCAGGAACCCCGAUCCUCGUCUUCCUCCCCACCAGAGAGCUCGUCACUGACACCUACAGGCUGGCCACCAUCGCCAGGGACAUGGGCAUGGACCUCCACCCCACCCCUUCCCUCUCCCACAUCAUCUUCACCUACCCAUCUUCCCCUUCCUCCCCCUCCCCGUCAUCCUCUUCCUCGUCGGCUUCGCCAUUAUCCUCCUUCCCUUCCUCCUCGUCCUCCCUGCUGCUCCUCAGCGACGCCGUCCCCCUCCCCUUCCCUUCUCUCUCCCCCGCCUCGAUCUCCGCCCUCCGGCAUUUCGCCUCCCUCUCCAGGGGCCUCUUCAAGCUCGUCCUCGUCAAGCACUUCCGGGAUUUCGGGGAGCUCGAUGGCUCCGCCUUCAGGAACUGGAACUGCUGCUCCGUCUCUCUCUUCUCGCGGCUGAGCCGCGAGAGGAUUGGGACGAUGGACGGGUUCUCUCGGGCUCUGGCUGGGAAUGGGUGGACCCUUUUCAAGACCUGGAAGGACCCCAGCGUGGGGCCCGCAGAUCCCGGCCAUGCCCGCGGAGGCAAUGCGGUGUACCUCUUCAGGAAGGUGGACUCGAACCGGGUUCGGGUCCGUCGGGAUAAUGGGGAGUGCAGGAUUAGGGAGUUGAGGCUGCCAGCAUUGGAUUUCAGGAAUGCCCCACUGAGGAUUUUGCAGUAUGUUGUGCUGAUGACCGAUGAUGUCUUCUAUCUAGCAUGAGACAGAGGUUCUCACCGGUGGUUCCUUUUGCUAGGGUAAGCAUAACAAAUCCAUUCUCCCCAAUGAGCACUUUUCUGGAUGUGCAAGCUCGAGUGGGCAGAGAGGGGCUUCUCCUACCAUGUCUAAAAUCAACCAUCACAUGAUACUACCUGUCCACGUAUUGGUGGUGACUGCUGGUUUUGGUAAUUGCUAGAAUUUUGCUUUCACAUGGUCAAUCGAUACAAUACAUUGAGAGAGAUGCAGAAAAGGGCUAGUGAAACCCGACCCAUGAUAUCUGGUCUCAUGCUAGCUACUUUAUCUUAGAACCGCACACUCCUCAACUUUAAAUGGCUCGUCAAGGCUUCAUCAGUUAAGUAGACCUUUCUCGGACAUAUGAUACCCUCAAUAUCAGAUGCUGAAUUGCUGGACAGUCUCACCAUUGUCGUUGCUUAGACUGAUGAAUAAGAUAAGUACAGUUUGCUACCUUGCGAGCCACUGAUAUACUUGACGUCUUAAUAGCAGUUGUUGCUUCAGAAGCUGCUGAUAUACUUGCAUCUCAAUGACUCAGUUGUACUUGUUUACUUUGUAAAUAACCUCAGUAAAGUACAAAGGAGACCUAUGCAAUGGUCUUUCGUCAGUCCUACUGUUUUCUAUUUCAUUUCCUAGGACUCCUCUUCGUAAUGCCAUUGAAGUUUUAAGAUUGCGAUAUUCUAUCAUCAAUCGAAAGUGAA